AUGGCACCUUCUCAACUCCCCGCGAUUUUCAAUCCUACCUCCCAGGAUAUUGAGCAGCUUUUGGCAGCUCAAUGCCAUUUGGGAGCCAAGAACUUGCAAGUUCACAUGGAGCCAUACCUCUGGAAGACUCGCCCAGAUGGAAUCAAUGUUAUCAACAUUGGCAAGACCUGGGAGAAGAUCGUCCUUGCUGCCCGUAUCAUCGCAGCCAUCGACAACCCAGCUGAUAUCUGUGUUAUCUCUGCUCGUCCUUACGGUCAACGUGCCGUCUUGAAGUUCGCCGCCCACACCGGUGCCGUUGCCAUCGCUGGUCGUUUCACCCCUGGUAACUUCACCAAUUACAUCACCAGAUCCUUCAAGGAACCCCGCCUCAUCAUUGUUACCGACCCACGUACCGAUGCUCAAGCUAUCAAGGAGGCUUCCUACGUUAACAUCCCAGUUAUCGCCCUUUGCGAUACCGAUUCCCCAACCGAGUUCGUCGAUGUAGCUAUCCCAACCAACAACAAGGGCCGUCACUCCAUUGGUUUGGUUUGGUGGAUGUUGGCCCGUGAGGUCCUCCGUCUCCGUGGUUCCAUCGCUUCCCGUGAGGCUGAGUGGGACACCAUGGUUGAUUUGUACUUCUACCGUGACCCAGAAGCUGAGGAGAACAAGGAGGCCAUUGAGGAGGCCAAGGCUCCAGGUGCUGAUGAGGUCGGUGCCGCCGCUGUUGACCAAGGAUUCGCAGGUGCUGGUGACUGGGAGGUCUCUGGUGCUACUGCUGGUGCAUUCACUGCUGCUAGCAACACUGCUGCCGCUGGUGGAGCUUCAUGGGAUGCUGCUGAGCCAUCUGACUGGGCUGCUGCACCAGCUGCCGCUGGACAAGAGUGGGCUGCUUCCGGUACCGAGCAAUGGUAA